AUGUCCGUCAGUACAGAAAAGACCCUGAGCCCGACGAAACUGGCGCAUGUGGUCCUCCGCACCAGAGAUCUGAAGAGGAUGAACGAUUUUUACGUCAAGUUCCUGGGCGCAGAAAUCGUGCAUGCAAACGACUUCCUCUCAUUCCUGACCUAUGAUGACGAACAUCACCGUAUCGCCAUUGCCGAGAUACCAAGCGACAGUCCCAAGGAUCAAGCAUCGAGCGGACUGGACCACAUUGCCUUUUCCUUUGACACGCUGGAAGACCUGACACAGGCCUACACGCAAAGGAAGAAGCUGGGGAUCACACCCUUCUGGUGUGUGAACCACGGCCCGACGACGAGCAUGUACUACAAGGAUCCGGACGGGAACAAACUUGAGACCCAGGUGGACAACUUUGAUUGCAACGAAGAUGCGACUGCGUUUAUGAAAUCCAAGGAGUUUGCGGAGAAUCCCAUCGGGACGGAUUUCGAUCCGGAAGAAUUGAUCAGUCGACUCAAGUCGGGAGAAGAUGUGAAACAGAUCAAGAAGAGAGUCGAGAUCGGACCUCGUGGAAUUCCUUAG